AUGGACAGCAAAUUCAAAGGUUCCAAAUUCGAUACAUUCAGGACUAAAGGAUUAAUUGUAUGGAUUACUGUGGAUUGGGACAUUGAAAUACGCGAAGCAAGUGCUUGGAUGCCCAGUGCUCUAGUCGACAAGAUGAUCAAAGAGGUAGACUGGACCUGUGGUUUGUUCAGGACUGAUACAUGGGAAAGAUGUUGGCAGUACCCCGGUAUGGUGCCGGAUGCGAGGAAAGGCGAAGCGUGGAAAGAUGAUAUCACUUCAGCUGCAGGUCGACAACUUGUGGAGAGCCAAGCAAGUGUUAUAUCUUGA